AUGUCCAUUUCUGGGACUUUGAGCAACUAUUACGUGGACUCUAUCAUAAGUCACGAGAACGAUGAACUCUCAAGCCCCGCUCGCUUUCCCAGCGUCCAGUAUUCCAGCUCGAGCUCCGCCGCAGCCGCGGGCGGAAGGCCGCCGAGCGGCUCUGCGCUCGCGGAGCAUCCCCUUCCCGACUCGUACCCCUCUUGCAGCUUCCAGCCGAAACCCCCGGUCUUCUCGUCGUCUUGGAGCCCGUUUAGUCCGCACCACGGUGCCAGUGGCCUCCCCGCAGUCUACCACCCCUACAUCCCUGCCCAGCAUGUGCCCGCCGCGGACACACGGUACCUCCGCUCAUGGCUGGACUGCGCGCCGCGCGGCUCGGAGUCUGUUCCAGGGCAGGGCGCCGCCGGCGGCCACACGGGAGGACAGGUUAAACUGGAGCCGCAGCUCGGCCACCUCGGAGGGGAGAUCCCGAGCAAACUCGGAGGACAGCAUCCGCUCGAGACCACCACGUACAUCUUGGAGUCGACGUCCACGGAGGCACGCGAGUUAAGUCACCAUCCAGCGGCCAUCUCCGGUGCAGGAUUCGAAGAAAAUAAGGACAUUUGUGAAGGGAGUGAGGACAAAGACGGUCUGGAUCAAAAUGACCCCUCGGCCAACUGGCUUCACGCGCGCUCCUCCCGAAAGAAGCGGUGCCCAUACACCAAAUACCAGACGCUCGAGCUGGAGAAGGAAUUCCUGUUCAACAUGUACCUCACGCGGGACCGGAGACACGAGGUGGCGCGCGCUCUGAACCUGACGGAGAGGCAGGUGAAGAUCUGGUUCCAGAAUCGGAGGAUGAAAAUGAAGAAACAGAGCAAAGACCAACCGAAGGACUAA